CUCGAGCGAAGAUCUUAGCGAACUGACGGUCGCCUGCAUCGAAAAGGGAAAAGCGGCGUUGGACAGCACAGGGAUUAUAAUCAGAUCCGCUGAUAAUACAUACGGCCCCUUGUUGAUCUUCUCUGAAUGAAACGAAUCCUGUCCCCACUGGCCCCGCACAUCAUUUGCCGCGGCCUGUCAUCGCCGAUGAUAAGCGUGCUAAGCUAAAGGCUUCUCUUCAUGUGUGACCGGAGGUUCCGGAUUGUAUUGGACGUUAAAUAAAUGGUUUGACUAGCCAUUAGGAUGGACGUUUUUUCCGAGUUUGCUUUGAACCUGCUCUUGAGCUCGAGUCUGGUUCCGCAUCCUGCAUCGUCCUUUCUCCGCCACAGCGCUUUUCGUUAGCUCAAAAGUGUGCCAUAGCACGCGGGAUGGCAUUUUCACAGUGUGGCUUUGGCAUCGGGCCCAUGUGGCAGUAAGACACACUUGACCGCAAAGUGCAGUUCGUCCGUAAGCCGUCUUAGCAAAUGGUCGGACAUAGAAAAACCAACAACUCUAACUCAUGCUGGCCGCUAUUGGCUUUCAUUCCUACCACGCAUGUUUUCUGAAUGGUGGCGUCUCCGCAAUCGCUGGCCCACAGCCGCCAUAACCUCGUAUCCCACUUUAACCAUAUCCAAUGUAGUACCAUGUCAGCUCGGAUGGGAAAUAAGUCACCUGGCCUAUAGCAUUCCUCACAAAAAAAUGGUGGCGUGCGCUAAAAGAAGGCUUCGCAUUGCUUGCCGAGCUUCCAAUAUACUGUACUUAUCUAGGCAGGUGUUUUCAAUAAUUCUUGGCUCCAUUUUUCAAAACCAUACACUCACAAGUCCACCCGCUAUGACGCCUAGUUGUGAGCCAUCUCCCUCGGUUUUUGCAACACAAAAUAAGGAGAAUUGCACUGCAACACCUUGAGAAAUCGUCAUUUUGCAGCCAUAUCGCCAAAGCCUCUUCCCUCCCCCCCACCCAAGGCUAUCACCGUGCUGAAAACGAUUUCUUCGUUGGAGCAGAUGCCAUCUUAACGGAUACACAGCAUUAAAAUUACUGAGAGAAAUCUUGAACAGAAAGAUGAUUUCUUCGUGGCGUCAAUUAUCUGCUUUACCAGCGUUGCUCGUUGCGUUGCCACCUCUAGUUCAAGCAGCAACUGUUACCUAUGACUUCAACAUCACUUGGGUCACUGCAAAUCCCGAUGGCCAAUUUGACAGACCAACAAUUGGCAUCAAUGGGGCUUGGCCGUUGCCAAUCAUCACGGCCAAUGUCAAUGAUACUAUCAUUGUCAACGUUGAGAAUCAACUAGGAAACCAGACGACCACACUUCACUUCCACGGAUUGUAUAUGAAUGGCACUACGCAUAUGGAUGGCCCUAUGCAGGUUUCCCAAUGUGGCAUUCCUGAUGGCCACAAGUUUACUUACAACUUUACUAUUACUCAACCAGGGACUUACUGGUACCACUCACAUGCGAAAGGCCAAUACCCCGAUGGUCUCCGCGCACCACUCAUAAUACACGAUCCAGAGUCGCCAUACAAGGACGAAUACGACGAGGAGUAUGUACUGUCAGUAUCAGAUUGGUACCACGACCAGAUGCAAGACUUAAUUCCCGUCUUCAUGAACCGUGCCAACCCAACGGGCGCCGAGCCGGUACCAGACUCUGCGCUCUUCAAUGAUACCCAAGAUCUGAAAGUGAAGAUCACUCCAGGAAAGACGUACUUGUUUCGUGUGGUUAACAUAGGUGCUUUUGCUGGGCAGUACAUAUGGUUCGAGGGGCACAAUAUGACCAUUGUUGAGGUCGAUGGAGUCUACACUGAGAAAGCGGAGGCCGAGCUGAUUUAUCUCUCCGCCGCGCAACGCUGUAGCUUCCUCAUUACUACAAAAAAUGAGACUUCUACUAACUAUGCAUUUGUUGGAAGCAUGGACACAUCUCUUUUCGAUGCCUUUUCGCCGGACUUGGACUAUAAUGUUACCGGGUGGCUUACUUACGAUGAGAAAGCUGCGUUCCUCCCAGCUGUCCUCCUCGACGACUUUGAUAAUGAAUAUGACGACUUCACUCUGGUUCCAUACGACAAGCAGGAACUAUACACAAACCCCAACCAAUCCAUAGCUCUGGAGGUUGUCAUGGACAAUCUCGACGAUGGCGCCAACUAUGCAUUCUUCAACAACAUCACGUACACCUCACCCAAGGUACCAACCCUAUACACCGUCCUGUCCUCCGGCGAGCACGCCACCAACCCCGCCAUCUACGGCGAAUACUCCCACCCCUUCGUCCUCGCCAAAGACGAAGUCAUCGAAAUAAUCAUCAACAACAACGACCCCGGCAAACACCCCUUCCAUCUCCACGGCCACGCAUUUCAGGCCGUCUGGCGUACCAAUGAGGAAGCGGGAUACUUUAACACGACUGAGAACCCCACUGCCGAAUCUGAGCUCCCAGCCACCCCGGUUCGCAGGGAUACCUUUGUAGUGCGUCCGAAUGGGAAUAUUGUGCUUCGCUUUAAGGCUGAUAAUCCCGGAGUCUGGCUUUUCCAUUGUCAUAUUGAGUGGCACGUUGACUCUGGCCUUAUUGCGACGAUGAUAGAGGCUCCUGCUGAAAUGCAGAAGUCCCUCACUAUCCCUGCUGAUCACCUCAGGGUCUGUGAUGCUUCGAAGACCCCUAUCAAGGGCAAUGCAGCUGGGAAAAUCGUGGAUUUGCUCGACCUCUCGGGUCAGAACCAGCCCCCCAAUCCCCUUCCUGAAGGAUUCACCGCUAAGGGCAUAGUAGCCAUGACCUUCUCCGUGCUUGCUGCUAUACUCGGCAUCUCUGUGAUCUCCUGGUACGGCCUGGCUGAUAUGGGCGCUGCAGAAAUGGAAAAUGAGAGGAGGCGGACCGCAGGUGUUGGGGGUGGUGUGAAAUAAUGUAAUACUUUGGAAGUUGGGUAUUUUGAAGGGGUGGCGGAUAAUCUACUGCACUGACGGGAAUGAAACUGCGUGCUAAAUAAUAUACCAAAUAUAGUCUCCUUGAACAAAAUAUAAUACGGGCCUGGUGGAGCGUCAGCGUAGAGAUACACUUGUAAAUAACGCUCAACUUUGUCAGAAGAGCUGGGACGCUGGUAUGUGGGGAUGCGGCGUGAUCGAGACAGAAGGCUCCAUGGGAUCAUACAGCAACAGCAAAGGGUGCGAUCUGAAUUUAUCUUCCUGUUUUGAUAAAGGGCCCUUUUUCGGAGUAUACCAGCGAGUUAUAAGGUUUGACACUACGUAUCUAGG